AUGGAUGCAUCAGCUUCUCCAUGCCCCAAUCAAGGUAACAACUCUAGUAUCCCUUCUAGCUCAACUCAUGCCACUAGUUCUAAGGAAGAUAUACACCACAUUGAUCGUGUCAUAAGAAACCUAGUCACUAGAAUCCUUAAUGAAGGAUAUUCUGUGAAAGGAGUCUAUACUCCCCUGUCUAAAAUGUACCAUUCUCCUGAGGUUGAACAUCAUAGUGAGAAGGAUGACGAUUCCUCUAGAUCUGAGAAGGACAUGGCUGCUGAAGGUUUUUGCUUUCUAGGGAAAACUGUGUCUGGUAAAGGAAAAUUUGUGGCAUCUACAACUACCAAAUAUUCCCAUUCUGAGAAGCAUGAUGCUGCAAACUAUGUUAUUGACCUAGAGGAUGAUAGCAAGGUUGAUGUGAAAAAGAGGAAGGUUAGAGAAGUUUCUGAGUCUGAAGAAGAUGUUGAGAAAGAUGUCCCUGACAUCUCCCCUGUGAAGAGGACCACUGUGAGGAAGUCCCAUAUGAAAGUUGUUGUUGUGCAUUUGGAUAAUCUCUCUUUCCAUCUUGAAGAUGGAGCUGCCAAAUGGAAAUUUAUGAUUCAAAGAAGGGUGGCUGUAGAGAGGGAGUUAGGAAAGGAUGCUGUUGAAGUCAAAGAGUGCUAUGAGGAUUUGGUUAAGGAAUUAAUUGUCAACAUUCCUGAGGAUAUUGAUGAUAAGAAAAUCAAGGAAUUUUACAAAGUAUUUGUGAGACGUAAGUGUAUCACAUUCUCUCCCACUGUCAUUAACAAUUUUCUGGGAAGAAGAGUUAAGGGUGCAGGUGAAUUGGAAGCUACAGACAAUGAGGUAUGUAGAGAAAUUACAGCAAGACAGGUAAAAGGGUGGCCUAUUAAAAAACAUCUUCCUGCUUGGAAGAUGACUGUCAAUGAAGCUGCCUAUAGCAUUUCCCUCUAUGAUUUGUGGGAUUAUCCUGAGUCAACACCCAGUGAUUCUGAGUUCUAA